CUGAGUUUGAGUUUGGCGAAAGAAGACUGAGGACAGUUUGGCGGACUAGCUAAAGUUACAGGAUGUCGGACAGUGAGUCUAUCAAGAAAAUGCUGCGGUCUGUACUUCAGUCCAGCAAGACUGGUGUGGCUAUUAACAGCCUCCAGUCAGAGUACCAGUCACUGUGCGGAGAGAGCAUCCCGCUGAAGAAGCUGGGCUACUCAAAUCUGGAGGACUAUCUCAAAAGUAUCCCCUCCGUGGUUCGGAUGGAGUACCGCAUGGGUGAGUUGAAAUGCUUUGCUGCAGUGUGUCAAGAGACGGCCCACAUUGCUGAGCUUGUGGCCAAACAGAGAAGCUCCAAGAAGUCUGGUCGCUCUCAAGUUGUCAACUGCAGGAUGAGAUUCAAACCUUCCAAUCCCUACAUGCUCAAUGUGCGGCCAAGAUCCUCUCUUCGCCAGCCCUCAGCUGCUGGUGCCUCAAACUGGCCAGUAAAUCGUUCUCGAUCCCAUGGUGGCUACAGAGGCUUCAGUGCGUCAGGAGACUACAGGCAGCUGGACCAAAGGUUAAGCUCCAUCACACCUGUUGAACACAGACAGCCGGCUCCACAACCAGUUGUGAAACAAUGUGUCAGGUCUGACAGGAAACAGAAGAGUUUGACAAACUGCCAGAAGGCUAAAGAGAAGCCUCCUGAACAAGCCUCCAGACACAACCAGUCUCAGUCUGGUCUAUAUGAUGUGGAGCUGGUGCAGAGCAGAAUAACUCAGCUUCUGGAGAAGUACAGCAGUGGACUGUGGAUGUCAAAAUUAUCAGAGGUUUACAGUCAAAUGUUCAUUCAGAAGCUCCACCCUCAAGUGCUCACAGACCUGGAGAAGUGGACAGGCAUCUGUAUGGUGGAGCAGCCUUCCAGCACCAACCGAGUUGACAGGCUUGUCUACCCUCCUGUGCUGCCCCAGCCCUCUAACGUCCAUGGAAGUAUUACCAACAACUCCCCUCCAGCAUCACCCACCAAUUCAGCUGCUAGCACCACACUAAUUUCUUCACGUUCCUCAGCACCUAAAGACCUCUUUACCCCUCUCUUCUCUUCCCCUCUUCCUAAACCUAGAGUUUCCCCCAAAAGCCCCUUGGCUAAGCCCACUUUCAUUUUUCCUCCACAAGCUGUUGAUGCCUCUUUAGGUAAGCUGAUGUCCUCAGUCACGCUGCGCAGCCCUGUCCACAACCCAGCUCUUGCUCCUCAGCUGCCCCCAUGUACCAGUCUUGCAGUUGAUGCCAAUGCCCCUACCUGGUCUUGCCCUCCAUCAGCUAAUUCUUCUUCAGUAGCUUCCUCCCUUCAACCUGGCCCUGACAUUUUACCCCUUUUGAAGGUCACCUUUUCCCCUACCUCUGAUUCUACCUCUUUCUCAAAGUCUUCUGCUGUCACUGUGUCAGCUGAGGUGCGUCAGAGAAUAAAGGAGCUUCUGUCCAAGUACAGUCACGGUCUUUGGGCCCAUGCUUUGCCUAAACUGUUCAUGGACACAUACAAGGCGCCAUUCCCCGAACAUGUUCUGGACAACGUGUCUCUUUUGCUGGAUAUAUGUACCGUGGAGUACCCCUUGCCACAUGACAAGAAGAAGGCCAUCCUGUAUAACUCCAGCAGAACAGACGAGGAAUCCACAGACAUCCAAGAUAACCAGCAGUGCAGAAUUCAUCCCCUUCCCUCUGGUCUUGAGGUCCUGAGCCCCGUGGUUCCUCCCUGUCUGGCGCUUCCCUCAGAGCAGUAUCCCUCCGUGCUGAUUACUGAUGUUAAGAGCAGCAACGCUGUUACUAUAAGGUAUGUAGGUAAGAACUACUCCAAUGCCCAGGAGGCCAUGGAGGAUGCAAUGUCCUCCUUCUACAGCCAAGGCUCCACCCACAAUCCUCUGUCCAACCCUGCUGUUGGUCAGAUGGUAGCAGUCAGGGGAGAGGAUGGAGACGAGCUGGCCAGAGCUCAGGUCAUGGAGGUUACGCCCCCUGACAAGGUCAAGGUAUACUACGUUGACUAUGGCUUUUCUGUGGAGACAAGUGGGAGGAAUUUGCUGGAGCUGCACCAGGAUUUCCUCUGUCUGCCCUUCCAGGCUACUAAUGUUAGACUCGCAGGUUUAGAGACUUUCAGCUCCCAUCCAUUGGUCCUGUCCUCCCUGCACAAGUUGGCAGUUGGAAAGAUCCUGCUGAUGGAGACAUUAGAGCCGUGUCAACAAACUGAGAUGCCUGUAGUAGUGCUGUACGACACUUCCCAGGAUGAAGACCUCAAUAUUAACUCCACCUGCCUCAAGACUCUGCAGGAUGUGACCAUGAACAACCCUUUGAUUGUAAAUGUUACCUACCAGGACGUGUGUGUCACAGAUGUCUGUGCAGAUGGCAUCAUCUACUGCCAGCUGCCCUCCAGAGGAACAGCAAGACUCAGGAAGUUACUGGAAAAAAUAGAGGCCUUCUUCAUCUCCCAGAUGACAUCUGAGUCCUUGGUGUCCAGACCCUUCAGUGGCAAGUUCUGUUUAGCCCGCUACAAAGGAAAGUGGUCCAGAGUGGAGAUCACUAAUAUGUACAGCAACAGAGUGAUGGAGAUCCUCUACAUUGACCUGGGCAUCCCAGCAACUGUAGAGGUGACUGAUCUCCGAGAGAUCCCACCUCUUUUCCUCAAAGACUUCACCAUCAUCCCUCCACAGGCUAUCAAAUGUUGUCUGGCCGACCUCAAAAUUCCAGAGGGAGACUGGAGUCCAGAGGCUGUGCUGUGGGUAAAGGAGACUGUCCUGGGCUCUGAAGACUGCAAAAUGAAGAUACUGAAAUUAGACCAGCACAAAGGAGACUGGCUGGUCUAUAUGUACCUCUUCAUCGGUGCUGGCACCCAGGACCUGGACAAGAGCAUCAACCAUCAGCUGGCUCAGUCAGAUUUGUGGCAGAAAUUCACAACAAAGAACAACACCACAAUCACCAACAGAAACAGAAGCGUGGAUGCAGGUCUCAGUGUUCUAGUGGAGAAGUUGACUCUGAGCAGCUCAGUCCCAAAUCCUGUUGUUAAGACCUCAACCCAGCCUUGUCAGAGAGCCGAGGACUUGUCUCUCCCAGAUACGACAACUAAACCUGGGAAACAGCCACUUCCGAUGCCUCCCCUACUGGAGCUCCCCCAGCCUGGUCAGAACAUGGAUGUGUUUGUGCCAGCGGCCUGUCAUCCUGGUUACUUUGUACUGCAGCCAUGGCAGGACUUGCAUAAACUGAUGGUGUUGAUGGGGGAGAUGAUCCUCUAUUAUAACCAGAUGUCGAAGACCAACACAACCACACACAUCCAGAAAGGAGAUAUUUAUGCUGCCAGAAUACACAAGAAUUGGUACCGGGUUCAGGUGAAGGGGAUUCUGGCCACUGGGUUGGUGUCUGUCUACGAGCUGGACCACGGCAAACAUGAGCUGGUCCACAGUAAUCUCAUCAGGCCCCUGAUAGAGGAGUUCAGACAGCUGCCCUUCCAGGCCAUCACUGCACAACUGGCAGGUGUGACUCAGCACCAGUGGUCAGAGGAGGCCUCCAUGUUGUUCAGAAACCAUGUGGAGAAGCGAGCGCUGGUGGCCCAGGUGGAGAGUGUGCAGGAGAUGUUGGAGGUCAAAGGUGAGCUGUGGGAGCGCCGGUUGACAGUUUACCUUGUGGACACGGAAUUAGAGGACAGGGACCUUUGGAUUCACAGCAUCAUGGCCAACAUCGGCAGUCAGCUAUCUUCAGCUGCCUAG